AUGGAUGAACUACAUGAAAUAAUUUAACAAAGGGUAAAAAAAGCAUAAGAGUUGAAUGAGAUUUUCUAAAGCUAAGAUGAUGGAUAAUCACGAAACAAUGAAAUACUCAGCCAGCUAUCAAGAACAAAAAUAUUAUCUAAUAUGCUGAGGAAGGCAAAGGAAGAUGAAAAAUAUAGAAUUGAAAAAGAAAAUUGGAUACUCAAUGUUCUUAAAGCCUUCAAAGAUCCUAACUCAAUACAAAAAAACUUUAUAUACAACAGAUCAAUUGAUAUUAUGAAAUUAAUAUUUCCUUAAUUCGAAUACUCGUACUUGCAAUAGACACAAUAAAUAGAAUAGCAGCAUAUUUUUAUCAAUAAAUUUGUGACUUUAUACUAAAAGUUCUUUUAGACAUUUGAAAAAUGCUAUGAAUUCAAAUAACAGUUCAAGUUUAUUAUAAGGCCUUAGAAUUAAUAUAUAAUAUAUGACAUGAUAAGAUAUUUAGUUGAAUUUUCGAGAGACUACUUUACUCAGUUUGUAACCUAUUGGCAAAGUUAUAGAAAUAGAGAUAUUAAAUAAACUCAAUUAUUUUAGCAAAGCUAAAUAGCUUCUCAUUUCAUUAAUUAAGCUAAAAAUUAAAAUAUCUAAAAUUUGAAUAAUAAUAAAAGUAGCUAAGUUAUUGCUGUUGGCUAAGCCUUUUAGUAAAAUAAUCCUCAAUAAUAAUAAAACACAUCAAUUUCGAAUUAAACAAAGACUUUGAAUAAUAAUUAAAAUUUUACAGUUACAGUUUCUACUUAAUUUAAAUUGCAGUAAAGGAGUAUUUCAUCUAAUAAUAUAAGUAGCUUAAUCAAACAAAAUUGCAUAGAUGAUUAAACUUAAAAUAAUAAAGAAGUAAAUUUAAUUUAAAAUAAUGCUUUUAUUCAAAGCUAAUUAGACUAAAAAAAAUAAUAAUAAUAAUAAGAUUUUAACCAAAAAAGAUUAAAAAUAUCUUUGUAAUCCGCUAAUUAGUAAUUGCUAAGUUUUUAAGAUGCUGAUUAGCAAGUACAAAACAUAGGUUUUUUUGAUUAAAUUAAUUGCAUUUAAAUAAAAGAAAGAGAUGAUGAUGACCAUUAAAAUUUAUAUACAUAGAAUUUUAAGAAGACUUUUAAAAAUAUGAAUUAUGAAGAUGAAAAAGAAUAAGGAUAUGAUACUCCUCUAAAAUUAGGGAUUGACUUAGAUUAAAAUGAAGUUAUAAAAUUAAAAGAAAAUUGUAAUGAUAAUUAUGUAAAUUUAGCAACUGAAGAUACAGUUUCAAAUGAUUUAAAUAGACAGAUUAGAAAUUAAAUAGACCAAAAGUCUUAAUUACAGAGUAAAGAUGUUUCUCCUUUAAGUAAAAAUAAUUAGGAAUUAGAUAUUCCCUAAUUAGACUUUAGUAAAACUUAUUAAGCCUUGUAAAAAAGAUAAAGUCCUAUGAGGUAAACAAAAUAUGCUGAAUAAAUAAAAAUAUAACCCAGAAGAGCAGUUGAAACUAUUCAGUUUAAUAAUCCUUCUCUCAGCAAUACUUGGUUUAAUAAAAAAAUAAAUAGAAUAAAUGAGUUUUAGUCAAUAUUUAUGUCAUACGGAUAACUCUCAGAUGUAAUGCCAGACCUAGACUAAGGCGCUAUAACACUUACAAACUAUAAAUUAAGAAAGCUUUUAAAUCUAAAUUCUACAGAUACAAAAUAAUAGCAAGAAGAUUUGCAAUUAUGGAUGAGAAAUACUUUUGAAGUUAGCUAUUCGCGAAAUUAAAGAAUUUCUAAUUCAAUUUAAGGAUAUCUUGUAAUUUUAGAAGAGUGCUAUAAAAAUAAUUUCAACUUUAGGAGUAAAUUAGGAGAAUUUUAUAAAACAAAUGUGAUUAAGAAUAAUGUUGAAACUCAUGAUACUAGUAGUUUGAUAAUUAAAAUAUAACAGAAUAGAUUUGUAAUGGCUCAAAAAAAAAUUAAUAAAAAUAAAACUGAAGUUAACUUUAUGAAAAACUUUAAAUUCUAAAGUGAACAGAAUCUAGAAAAUCUAACUAAUUCUCCAGUUUCUAAAAAAUAAAGAAGUAAAAAGAUGUCAAUACACUCUUCCUAAAAUUUAGAUUAAUAAUCUAAAUGUUAAAAUACUCAAUAAGAUUCAUAGAUAAACUAGAGAUCAGAUUGUAAAAUAGAAGAUCCAUUUUAAAAUUUAAACUAACUUGAUUCAUGCUUUAACCAUGAAAUUAAGGAAACUAAAAGCAGUGAACACUAAGAUACUGAUGAAAUCUAAUUUAAAAAAUGUGAGGAUUACUUAAUAAAAAAAGAAAUACAGCCAAUUUUUAACAGAACUUAAGCAUUUUCAUCAACAAAGAAAAGAUAAAAUUCUAUUCCUAAACUGAGAAUGUUCAAAAACUUUUCUCAGCAAAAAGUAUUUUAAAGCUAAUCAGAGGUGAACAACAAUUUUGAUGAGCCAAAAUUUAGUUAAAUUUCAAAUAAUUAAAAAUUACCAAAUGACUAAUUAUCAAUGUAAAAUAUUUCUAAAAAUUUGAUAAAGAGCAGCUAAAGUAAAGCUUCAAACUAAAAAUAAAUGAGAAAUGUAUCUCCAUAGAAAAAUUAAGAUUAUCUCAUAGAAUUUAAAACAAAAAUUAUAAAAUUACAACCAAACUAAAACCCAAUAUCUGUCUUUAAUGAUUAAAAUUUUUAGUCUAUCAUUUAAGAGGCUGAUACAGACUAAGAUAAAAGCAAUUAUAUGGGAAUUGAAUAAUAAAAUGAUUAGGUAGAUAAUAAAAAGGCUAUUACAAUAAACAAAAACUUAGCUAAUAAAUUAUACAAAAUUAAAAGUUUUCAUAACGAUAAAGAUUUAUAGAGUUAAGCAAACAAAAAUGGAAAUAUCUAAACUUAAAAUGCUGCAAAAAAGAUAAAAACAGCUAUUUAAUAUUACUAAUAAGAUCAACCUAAUUUGAAUAAAGUUUCUUAAAAUUAUUUGUAAAAAAGCCUCAGUAAAUAAGCAUACUAAAGUAAAUUCUAACAAGAAAAAAAUCUACUUUAAAGACUGUAAAAAUCAAAUUAGCCAACCAGUUCUCUUCCAUAAGUGAAUACAGAGUUUAUUCAAAAACUCUCUUAGCUAGAAAUCAAUUAGCUUUUUCCUUAGCUAUAGCAAAGCUAAUCUAAUGAAGUAUAAGAAGAACUUUAUUUUUCUAAAUAAAACAUAAGUAGGAUAUCACCUUUUUCAAAAACACCAUAGAAUUAGUUAAAUAGUAAUGAAGUUAAACUGUUCUCUACUCAAAAUAAGAACCUCCAACUUCAAACAAAAGAUUUGUAAGAAAGUCCAUCAAAUUGUGAUUAAAACUUCAAUAAAUUAGAAUUCAUAAAUUUAAAUUUAAUUGAUAAGAAAAACUUUAGCUAAUCUGAUAAAAAAAUGAGCCCAAGUAUUUCCCCUUUUUCAAGAAAUUAAUCGGUUGAACAAAAAUGCAACUAUGAAAAGAAAAAACUUUUUAGUGAAAAAUUUAAGCUAUUGAUUUAAAAGACAGAGCAGAACCCAAUAGAAUCAGAUAAAUGUAUUAAACCUGAAAAUGAGUCAAUAUAAGUUAAUAAAAUAAAUAAUGAAUAAAAUUAAAAGGUACUCUUUGAGUAAAUUAAUUCAAAUAAUAAUUUAAAUAAAUAUGAGAUAUCAAGUCAAAGAAAAACAAAAAGAAGUGAGUCUGCUGUAAAUAUUAAAUACAAUGUAGAAAAUAAUGAAUAAAAUAAUCAAAGUGAUUUUUAUAUUGCUUCUACUUUCAAUGUUAUUGAUUAAUACAAUAACUUAAAUAGCAGAGCAAGUGAAUUCAUUCUUGAUGAAAGAUAAAAUAAUAAUUAAAAUAUAUAAAAUCAAUUGAAUUUUAGUUAAGAUAAUAAUUUAGUUUGCAACUAAAUAAUAAAUUAAAAAGAUUUUAUUAAGCUGUUAACUAAUUCUAAUUUCAAAAAAAAUCUUCUUCAUCCUCACCUAAAAUAAAAAACAAGCACUGAAUUUUUUUAGUAAAUUUAUUCAAAGAUUUCAAAAAAUCGUAAGCUCCGCUCAUCUUCUCAAUUAAGAAGGCAAUAUGCUAGUUAAAACUAAUUUGAUAGUCUACUACAAUAAAUGAAAAAUCAAAAUUUAUAAUAGAAUGAUUUACCUUCUAGAGCUUAAGAAAAUUUAUUCAAAAAUAAUAACUAAGAAGCUUAAUUUAAUAAGUAAAGUAACUUAGAUUAACAAUAAUAAUAAUUUGAUAAAAAAAACAAUUAGAAUGAAAAUGUAACCUAAAUUUUUUAAAAGCAAAUCACCUAACAAAAUGAAGAAAUAGUUAUCAAAAAGGUGCCAGAAAAUCAAAUAAAAAACGAUAUUAAACACACUAAAUAUGAAGGAUAAGUAAGAAAAAAAGAAAAAUCUAAUGAAAACAUUAAAACAAAUUAGAUUAAAAAGUAAGAGAUAAAAUAGCUAAAAGUUUAGGGUAUGAAUCAAUAAUUUAUUCACUAUAAUAUUUAAAGUUCUUAAAAUAUAUGA